CCUCAUGUCGAGUUUUCUGCGGUUGCCCUAUCUCAUGACCCUUUAGGUUAACGGCGUUUUCAUCAAACCUCUGGUUUUCGUGGACUUUCUUUUCAAGAUCAAAAGCCUUGUUUUUGCUUUUGGGUUAUAAACCAAAAAAAGUGACAAAAGAAAAAACACAUGGAAGCUUAGAAGAAGAAAGCUUUCAGAGUUUGUGAGGUUGUUGUUGGUUAGUUUGUUGUUUUCUAGCAAAUGCUGAGUCUCUUCUCUCUGAAUAAAAUAUUCUAGAGACUCGGCAGGGAUGAUGAUGGAGAAUAAGCGCAAUGUAUGCUCUCUUGAAGAUAACAGCAUUAAACGACACAAGUCUGAUCUCUCUUUCUCUUCCAAGGAGAGGAAGGAUAAGGUGGGAGAACGUAUCUCAGCUCUUCAACAGCUAGUUUCCCCUUAUGGAAAGACCGACACAGCAUCAGUUCUUCUAGAGGCAAUGCAAUACAUUCAGUUUCUUCAAGAACAAGUCAAGGUCUGCUCUGUUUCCUUCACGGUUUCGAAUCUGAACUGCAUUUGUCCAUCUUCUGAUCCAACAAUGAGUUUUUCUGUACAGGUUCUAAGCGCUCCAUAUCUUCAAACAACCCCAAUUACCACACACGAGGAGAAGCUGGGAGAGUACAGAUUGAGAAGCAGAGGGUUAUGUCUUGUCCCAAUGGAGUACACAGUAGGUGUUGCUCAAACCAAUGGUGCUGAUAUUUGGGCUCCUGUAAAGACUCCAGUCUAAUUCGCCCAUCUGAUGAUCUGUCUUUCUCAAGAUUAAAUGAAAGAUAAUAAAAAAAAAAAUGUUAGGGGUCUGAUGAUGAUGCCUAUGUAACACAUAUAUAAAUUGAUGUAAGACCCAUGAAGUUGUCUCAUAGUCAGUGAUGUCUUUUUCUGUUA